AUGCCGGACCCUCCCCAUCCGCUGUCCCCAGAGGUGCCGGAUAGGAGCCUCCGGCUGAGCCCCGGCAGCGAAGCGGCGGGGAGAGAACAGGACUUCCAGGUGCGAGUGCGGAUCGUGGAGGGGCGCCAGCUGCAAGGGAACAACAUCAAGCCGGUGGUGAAGGUGCUGAUCGGGGAGCACGCGUUCCGGACGAGGAUCCGCAGCGGCAACAACCCCUACUACGACGAGGUGUUCUGCCAGAAUUUCCACGAGACGCCCGCCCGCCUCUCCGACGAGCCCAUCCACAUCCAGGUAGGACGGGACGGGUGCAGGGGGCCCCGCUGGGGCCGCAGCCGAUGCCGGAGCGCGGGCUGGCCGAUCCCGCAGGUGCUCGACUCCAUGGCCGUCCGCGCCCAGUCCGUCAUCGGCGUCUUCAAGGACCAGGAGAAGCCGGCGGAGAGCGAGGACGUGGAGGCCAACCUCCUGCAGCCCUCCUUGCUCCCCCCGUGCAUCGCCACGCUGCAGCUCCGCGUCUACCGGGCCGAGGACGUGCCGCGUCCCUCCUCUCCCGGCGCAGAGCAUUCGCCCCGGCAGCGUUUCCAAUCCGUGCUGCCCGGUGGAAAAAGGAAGGGCCUCGCCGUGGAGGUCGGCUUUGCCGGCAGGACGCAUCCCCACAGCAUCCCCACAACAGCCCCCAGCAGCCCCCCACAUCCCCACGGCAGCCCCCAGCAGCCCCCCAGCAGCCCCCAGCCCCCCAACAGCCCCCAGCACCGCCGCCGGUGCCAGCCGCCCUCGCCACCCACCCGCAGGGACCGCGCGGAGAAGGGCGACGUCCUGGGGACGGCCACCCUCCACCUGUCCCAGGUGUCCUCGCCCGGGUCCGAGGUCGAAGGCGGAUCCUCCGGCUUCCUGCCCUGCUUCGGACCCAGCUUCCUCCCCGUCUACGGCGGUCCCGCCGCCGGGCCGGAUCCUGCCGAGGCGCCCGGCACCCCCAGCGGGGACCGCGGCGUGAAUUACCGCGGCCGGCUCCUCCUGGAGCUCAGCACCAGCAUGGAGAGCCCGGCCGGGCGGGAGAAGGCCGCCGUCACCGCCGAGGAUGUCACCAGGGCGGAGCGUUACCUGUCGCGCCGCAAGUUCGGGCUGUGCGCGGUGUUUUACUCGGCCACGCUGCUGCCGGCCGCGGCGGAGCUGGUGCGCUUCGAGCUGAGCAUCGGCCACUACGGCAGCCGCGCCGCCGCCGCCUGCCAGCCGGCCGCUUCCAGCACGCAGCACGGCCACGCCGUCUACGACGGCAACCGCUACUACUACCUGCCCUGGUACGACGCCAAGCCCGUGGUGGCCGUCACCUCCUUUUGGGAGGACGUGAGCCACCGCUGGGACUCGCUCAACGCGCUGCAGGCCGUGCACGACCGGCUGGAGCAAAACCUGGGGGCACUACGCGGCCUCCGCCACGCCGACGAUGCCGCCUGGGCCGACGGCCGGAGGAAGCUGCUCCGCGAGCUGCUCAAGGAUUGCAAGAAGGUGCUGCCGGGGCUGGAGGCGCAGGUGACGCCCACGGUGCUGGACGGGCACCUGCGAGCCGCCCGGCUGCAGCUGCUGCGGCACCUCGUCACCGCCGCUGCCACCGUCACCGCCGACCGCGCGGCCCUGCUGCUGGUGGCCGAGGGCUGGCUGCAGCGGCUGGCCGCCGUCGUGCCGGAGCCGCAGGCCGGCGUGCCCGACGUGGUGCUGUGGAUGCUGCUCGCGGAGCGGCGCGUGGCCUGCGCCCGUCUCCGGGCUUCGGCCGUCGGGGCGUCCCGGAGCGGCGCGGGCGGCAAGCUCUGCGGCACCACCCGGACCGUCUUCCUCACGGCGCCGCGGGGCGAGGGGACGCCGGGUGCCGUCUGCGCCCAGCUCCGCGUCCGGCUCUGGCUGGGGCUGGUGGCGCAGAGCCGGGAGCUGCCGCGGCACCUCGAGGGCACCCUGAGGGUCUACGCCGAGACGGUGAGCACGGGUGGCACGGGUGACACGGGUGACGCGGUGGCACGGGUGACACCGCGGUGGCCCUGCCCUGUGCCGCCGCAGUACGAGAACCAGAUGCGGCUCCUCGGCAAAUGGGCCCCGCGGGGGCUGGCGGCACCCGCCGCCUUCUCCGACCCGGCCGGUGCCGCGGGGCCCCCCCGGGACAAGCUGCGGCCCCCCCCGGGCUGGCGCUGGGACGGCGACUGGAGCGUGGAGCCGCAGCGGCGGCUGCUGCUGGACGCGGAGACCAACGUGGCGGAGGUGCUGGAGGAGGUGUACGAGAACCAGAGCCGGCGGCCCGGCGGGCGGUGGGGGCCGGCACCGGUGCCCCACACCGACGCCGUGAGCGGGGGCGGCCGGGGAGGGCCGGGUGGGGCUGGCCCCGGGGCGGGUGACAUGAGCGCGCUGGGGCUCAGCCCCUGUCGGGUGACACGAGCACCCCAGGGCUCAGCCCCUGGCUGGGAGUACGGGGUGGGCGCGGGGGCCGGGGGCCCGCCACCCGCCUGGCACGCCGCCGAGAAGACCUACCACACGCGGCGACGCCGGCGCUGGCUGCGCACCCGCCGCAGGGACCCCAGUGCCCCGGGCCACCAGCAGGACGUGGCCACCUUCCUCCGGCUGUGGCAGGGACAGGGUGGCAGGGACAGGGCUGGGGUGGCAGGGCUGGAGGAGGGGGGGGGACAGGGAUGCCAGCGUGCUGGAGUCACCCUGGGUCCAUCUCCCCGUGCCACGCCGUGCCGUGCCGUGCCGUGCCCGCAGCACGCGUCGGAGGCGCCGGCGGGUGCCGAGGCCUGGGAAUACGCCGCCUUCCCGGGAUGCCGCUUCCACCUGCAGCCCCGGGCCGGUGACGUCUUCCGCCGCCGCCGCUGGCACCGGCUCCUGGCACCCGAGCGGCCGGGCCCCGUCUGCCCCCUCUUCCUCCUCGAGGGCUCCCUGGUACGGCGGGCGCCGGGGGGGACACACGGGGCGGGGGGGGCCACCAGCACCCAUCGGCUCAGGGAGUCCCCGUUUGCACCCGCAGGGCACCGAGGCGCCGGAUGCCACCGAAAAGCCACCGGGGCCGAGCAGCCCAGCUACUUCCAGCUGCGCUGCUACAUCUUCCAGGCCAUGGGGCUGGUGCCCCACGGCGCCCGGGCCACCGCAGCCGCUGUCACCCCAGAGCCCGUGGCGCACGUGGCCUUCGUGCACGUGAGCCAGCGCACCCGGGCCCUGCCGGCCACCCUGGACCCCCGCUGGGACCAGACGCUGCUCUUCGAGCGGGUGCUGCUCUACGGGGACCCCCGGGGCGUCCGCGCCCAGCCCCCCGCCGUGGUGGUGGAGGUCUUCGACCAGGACGGCGGGGUGCGCUGGGACGGGGGGGCGCCCACGGGUGGGAGGCACCCACGGGUGGGGGGCACCAUGGGUGGGGGGCACCCAUGGGUGGGGAGGACCAUGGGUGGGGAGCAGCAUGGGGCACCUGGGAUGGGGGUCACCCACGAGUGGGGAGCACCCACGGGUGGGGAGGACCGUGGGUGGGGAGCACCAGGGGUGAGGGUGUCCCUGGCCAAGGACGAGCCAUGGGUCGGGGGCACCCAUGGGUGGGGGGCACCCUUGGGUGGGGGGCACCCACAGGCCUCAAGCCCCCCGUUCCCACAGGGCGCCGGCGCCUUCCUGGGCCGCAGCGUGUGCCGCCCGGCCGUGUGGCUGGACGUGGGGCGCCGGCGGGUGCCGCGGCUCCGGCGGGUGCCCAUCACCGGCCCGGCGGGGCCGGCGGGCGAGCUGCUGGCCGCCUUCGAGCUGCUGCGCGACGCCCAGCCUUCCUCCUCACCCUCCUCCUCCUCCUCCUCCUCCUCCUCCUCCUCCUCCUCCUCGCUGCAGGACGGUGCCCUGGCGCAGCUCCUGCCCCCGCCGUGGAGGAAGGGCAUCUUCAGCAUCCCCGCCGGCAUCCGCCCGGUGCUGCGGCCCGUGGCCUUGGAGGUGCUGGCCUGGGGGCUGCGGGGGCUGCGCGGCGGCUCCCCGCUGCCGGCACGGGCGCCCAGUCUGCUGGUGGAGUGCGGGGGGCAGGCGCUGCGGACCCCCCCCAUCGCCGACCUCCGCGCCAACCCCAACUUCCCCGUCAACGCCUUCCUGCUCCCGCUGCACCUGCCCGUGGAGGAGGAGUACGCGCCCCCCAUCCUGCUGCGGGUGCUGGACACGCGGGAUUUCGGCUACCGGCCGGAGCUGGGCCGGGCCAGAGUGCGGAGCCUGCGGCAGUACUGCUGCGAGCCGGCCGCCGAGGAGCCCCCGGAUGGGCUGCCCGGCCCCCCCGCCGCCCCCCAGGGCUGCGUCACCCAGGUGCGUGGCCCCGCGUCCCCCCGCGCUGGCACCCGUCCCGCCGCCGCGGCCCCCUCCCCGCCGCGGCCCCACGUCCCCCCCUCUGCUCCGGGCAGCUGCUGGCCAGGAUCGCCGCCGAGGUGGGGACCGGCGCCGAGGUGGGCACGGCAGCCGGGCCACCACCGGGGCCACCGCCGGGCCACCGCCCCGGUGUCCCUCUCCGCAUCCCCCUGCUGCCACCAGGCCGCCGGCGAGGAAGAGGAGGAGGAGGAAGGCGACUGGUGGAGCAGAUUCUACGCGGCCACGGGGGCCAAGCGGAGCCGGGGGGCGGCCCGGGACGCCCUGACGGUGAGCGCGGGGGACGAGGCGCCGCGGGGGACACGGGGCUGGGGACACUGCCGCCACCGCCACCGCCCGCGCGCCCAGGUCUACGGCUGCGAGCUGGAGGCGGUGCCCGGAUUCGAGGGGCUGCAGGAUUUCUGCCAGACCUUCCCGCUGCACCGCCCCGCCGGCGGCAGCCAGGCCGGCGAGGACCCCGCGCCCGUGGGCGAGUUCAAGGGGCUCUUCCGCAUCUACCCGCUGCCCGAGGACCCCGGGGUGCCGCCGCCGCCGCGCCGCUUCCAGGAGCUGCCCCCCAGCCGGCCCCAGCGGUGCCUGGUGCGGGUCUACGUCGUCCGGGCUUUCGACCUGCCCCCCCGGGACAGCGACGGGCUGUGUGACCCCUACGUCCGCGUCUCGCUGGGGACGGAGAAGGUGGGCGACCGCCAGCAGUACGUGCCCAACACCCUGGAGCCCGUUUUCGGCAGGCUGUUCGAGCUGACGGGCACCAUCCCGCUGGAGAAGGACCUGCAGGUCUCGCUCUUCGACUACGACCUGCUGCCGCCCGACCAGGAGAUCGGCAGCACCAGCAUCGACCUGGAGAACCGCCUGCUGUCCCGCUUCCGCGCCCACUGCGGGCUGCCCCAGCUCUACCGCACCGCCGGCCCCGGGCGCUGGAGGGACCAGCUGACGCCCAGCCGGGCGCUGGAGGGCUUCGCCCGCGCGCGGGGGCUGCCGGCACCCGAGUUCAGCGCCGACGGCACCGCCGUCGCCUUCGGGGGCUCCACCUUCCUCCUCGGCCAGUUCGAGCGCGGGCCCCCCGCGUACCGGCACGCCGGGGCGCCCCGCGAGCGCCUGGCCCUCCACGUGCUCCGCGCCUGCCACCUCGUCCCCGAGCACCUCGAGACCCGCACCCUCUACAACGGCACCCAGCCCGGGCUGCAGCAGGGCAAGCUGCAGAUGUGGGUGGACGUGUUCCCCGCCAGCCUGGGCCCCCCGGGCCCCCCCGUCGACAUCACCCCCCGCAAGCCCCAGAGGUACGAGCUGCGCUGCAUCAUCUGGAACACGAGGGACGUGGACCUGCAGGACACCAGCCUGACGGGGCAGAGGAUGAGUGACAUCUACGUCAAGGGGUGGCUGGACGGGCUGGAGGAGCAGGGGCAGAAGACGGACGUGCACUACCGCUCGCUGGAGGGAGACGGCAGCUUCAACUGGCGCUUCGUCUUCCCCUUCGACUACCUGCCCGCCGAGCAGCUCUGCGUCCUGCCCAAAAAGGAGCACUUCUGGAGCCUGGACGAGACGGUGCUCAAGGUGCCCCCCAAGCUCAUCCUCCAAGUGUGGGACAACGACAAGUUCUCCGCCGACGACUUCCUCGGCGUCCUGGAGCUGGAGCUCACCCGGCUGCCGCGGCCGGCCCGGCGGCCCCGCGACUGCAGCCUGGAGCUGCCGGGGACCCGGCGGCCCUGGCGGGGGGUCCCGGCCCCCCGCGUCUCCCUCUUCCGGCAGGGAAGCGCCCGCGGCUGGUGGCCCUGCUCCGUGGAGCGGCAGGGCAAGCGGCGCCUCUCGGGGAAGCUGGAGCUGAGCCUGGAGCUGCUGCCGGCAAAGGAGGCGGCAGAGCGGCCGGCGGGGAAAGGACGGGACGAGCCCAACAUGUACCCGACCCUCCAGCCGCCCCUGCGGCCGGACUGGUCCUUCCCGUGGCUGCAGGCGCCGCUGCGGACGCUGCGCUACGCGCUGUGGCGGCGGAACCGCUGCCGGAUCAGCGCCGGGCUGGCGCUCUGCCUGCUGCUGGCCCUGCUCCUCGCCUUCGUCUACGCGGCCCCCGUGAGUCGGGGGGCCGCGGCAGCCCCCCCUUGGCAUCCCCCGAGCCCCCCCGACGCUCACGCUGUCCCUCGCUGCAGGGUUACCUGGCCAUGAAGGUGGU